AUCAUCUGUUGAGAGGGGUGUUGUGAUUGGAUGCUGGUUGUUUACGUAAUCACAGGCGUCGUCGCGGUUUUAUGACAGCCGUGUUUUGGUGUGAAGAUGGCUGAACGUGAAGCACUAAAGAGAGAAAUAGAGGAGCUGCAAAACCUCAUUAAUGACUACAAAAGUACUCACGGUGACAUUCCCUCAAGCUCUGCCCAGUGGGGUCAUGCCAGACACGGUUCAAGGAGGGGCCAAAGUCGGGGUCAUGCCUCACACUACACACAGUCAUAUUCAUCACUGCCACAGCCGUAUGUGCCUCAUUCUUCUGGCAGCUGGAGGAAAACAUACUCCCUUAACAACAAGACCAACAGGGCCGUUGAGAGUCAUGUGUCUCACUCAGUUAUGGACCACCUGAACCAGCCUCCUCACCACAAUACUAUAUCUGGAGCCACUGCUACUGAGGAUAAUGUCAGACUUGUUGGGAAUAAUAGUGUUUUAUUUAAAAAGUUGACAGCUGAGCAAACCAAGGGUAAAUCUGCAACAUAUUCGCUCAGUGUCCAAAGUGAGACUUCAAAGAAGAGGAAAAGUGAAGCCAGUGGAAAAAGAACUGUGCUUAUAUCUGCAACAGGAAAAACCGAUCAUGGCUGUUCAUCUACCAAUGAACAAACUGACUCUACUUCAUCAUCAGAGCCUGAAAGGAAGAUAAAACCCACUUUGAAAUCAUCCUCAGCUGUGAACAAUCCCUCUAUCCCUUCAACUGUCAAACAUCCAGUUCAACUUCAAGUCAAACCACACCUCCCCACUGCUGCCUUAUCCAAUAGGACUGUCGUAAUGCCAUCAGGCAAUAAAGAUUCUUCUAUAGCUUCUUCUGCUUCUAACCUUCAGUCUCAGGCUUCCUUGAGUCCCACAAAGCUCCUUCAGUCUCAGGCUUCCUUGAGUCCCACAAAGCUCCUUCAGUCUCAGGCUUCCUUGAGUCCCACAAAGCUCCAACUUAAGCUAGACUCAACUCAGACACGUAUAGCCUUGCCAUGCCAUAAGAGAUCUCUGUUUACUUGGGUGAAAAACCAAGAGAUGGUAAACACAAAAAGCUCACCUAAGCCAGUGACUUCUCUCUCCCCAGCCUCUGGUUCCUCUCCUGGGACAGCCACUGUCAGAAGAGUCUCCGGCUCCAAUAAGAGGGUGUCUCGAAAGCCUAAUCUUUCCCUUGGAACUCCUAAGACCUCAAAGUACACCUGGGUGUCUUCAUCUUGCUCCUUAUCAACAGCUGGGAAAGCAAACACUUCAACGAAAAUGCUACGCAAGCCUCUUUCUCCCAAAUCUCUUAAAGCCCCUGUAAGAACCUCUCAAGGUGGACCAGAGGGACCCAAGAAAGAAAAGAGAUACGCCACAACCUCAACAACUUCAUCCAAAAAAUCUAGAGCUGGGGGUGCAUCUACAUCCCUUGCUGGACAUGCUAGCCGCUAUCGCUGGAAGGCGGCUGGACAAAAUGCAACGGCAAAUACAUUUAGCUCAACUUCUAGGACUACCCAUAAGGGCACAGUGUAUCGAUGGACAGCUAAUAAGAAUGGUCAAAAGGGGGAAAAGGCAGUGUCCUUAAGCCCAGCCCGCAUUAACCCUACUACCACUCCACUGUCCGCUGGUGCCUUCAAGCUCAGGAGCCGAACCAAGAUCAUCAGAAAAUCUGUUAUCAAUCCCUCCUUAGGCAGCCCCACUGUGCAGACUAUAAGAAGCCAGUAUUCUUUGCGGAGGAGGACACACACUCCGGUGAAGACUCCAACCAAUGCCAGGCGAGCACAGCCCAAAGUGCUGGUUUCAUUUGGCAGACACAAGCUCCGCCGCCUCUCUGUUACCGCCACCUCAUUAGGGACUUCAAGAUCAGGCUCCACCUCUUCUUCAGUGCGAAGCCCAGCAUCACAUAGGGUCAUCAAAACACGCUACAAGAUCGACACACGCAGAGCGCAUACAAUCCAUCACAACCCUGCUCUUUCCUACAGGGUCAAGAGAGUACAUUCUGCCAGAAUCCUCCUGCAGAAUCGGCUAAGGACUACUCCAGAAAGGCAGUGGAGGGGGCGGAGCAUGAGGUGGAUAGGCGGAGCCCUAUACAGAGUCUCAGCCAAUAAGCUCUCUCGCACCCAAACCACCUGUACACCUAACAGUAGACCAGGAGAGUGGUACAAUCCAUAUGUUUCCUCGACUAGUAAUCAGGGAAGAACAUCAGCCACACGUUACGUAGCCAAUCGUGCUGUGCAGAGGAGUUUAGCUAUAAUACGACAGGCCCGACAGAAGAAACAGAAGGCCAAGCAGUACUGCAUGUACUAUAACCGAUUCGGCAAGUGUAACCAUGGUGACACUUGCCCCUACAUCCACGACCCUGACAAAGUAGCUGUCUGCACCAGGUUUCUCCGAGGCACAUGUAAGCAGACAGAUGGGACUUGUCCUUUCUCACAUAAAGUAGCCAAAGAGAAGAUGCCUGUGUGCUCAUACUUUCUGAAGGGGAUCUGUAAUAACAGUAGCUGUCCAUACAGUCAUGUCUAUGUGUCACGCAAAGCCGAUGUGUGUAAAGACUUUGUCCGAGGCUACUGCCCGCAGGGAGAUAAGUGUAAGAAGAAACACACGCUUGUGUGUCCAGACUUCUCCAGUACCGGCGUAUGUCCACGUGGAUCAAAAUGCAAGCUGCAUCACAGAGAGAGUGUGAAACGCACCGGCUCUAACGCAAGCUUUGGACCGGCCAAGAAAGCCCGCACCAGAGACAUUAUAAAGAGUUCAGAGGAAGUUCAGACUCAGUCUACAGAGUCCAUACAGGUAGAUGAGGGCUCGUCUUCCUCGGGUCCUGAGAAGCUGCCCUCAUUCAUCUCUUUGUCCAGCUCUCCUGACAUGUCAGAGAACCCUGAUUCCCCAAAGAUCCCUCCUGCAGCAGGCCUACAGGCCAAAGGAAAGACCCUACAUAUCAAGCCACGAUUCUUAUCUUCAACACAAACAGAACCCUUGCCAAAGGAGGGCUGAUGGUGGGUGUUUUAAUUGGCAAUAAACAAUGAAACUUUUUUAACUUAACUUUUAUUUUCGAAAUAAGAAAUUGACUCUGCCUCUCCUGAACUGAUUAAAAAAAAACAGUUUACAAAGACAUCUGUACAUUAGGCGUUCACAGCUAGUCACGUUUAGUUUCAAGAAUUCCAAAAUGCAAAUUCUAAGAAUUGAUUAUACAGAUUUCUCAGAAUAUAUUCAUAAGUAUUCACAAUUACAGAACUGAAUUUAUGCAUUAUAAUCAAAUACUGUUCUGCAAAAACAAAAUGCAUACAUUUACAUUCUGAGUGAAUGGAGUUAGUUUCAAAGUGUAAAGCUAUUCUCAGGGGUUUUUAAAACCGUAGUUUGUUGUGCAAAGAAUUUAUUUUAUCAUUUAGAAUGUAAGCUUGCGAAAAUGUAUUUUCAAAGAAUGGAAAACUACUUAAUAAAAUUGCUUUGUGAUUUGUGAAA